AUGAGUCUCAAUGGAAGAGCCCUCACUGCAUAUAGGCAUGGUCUUAGAGCCACUAAAAUUGCAUUUAAUGGUGAUAUAAGGAUGUUAACUGCAGCACGAGUACAAAUGAGGAACGGGAUGAUUGAUCCACCAAAUCCAGAAUUAUCCAAGGAAGAUCAAAUAAAGCAUUUGGAAGAUAUCGCAUUAUUCCUAAGAAGGAAUGUCGUACAAGGUGUGAAAACCCCUCAAGAUGAAGCGAGAUAUCACUUAAAUAUUCAUAAGGAUACUGAAUUGGGAGAUAAUGAAGAUACCAAGAUUCCGAAAAGAAACACCUUGACAGGCGGUAAAACGAGCCCCGUAGGAGGUUGCUGCGGUGGUGGAGCAUGA